ACCUGUCUUCCGUCGAGUGGUUGGUGCGCAGGUUAUUGUGGUCCGGACACUGCGGGUUCCGGGAGGGUGGACGAUGGAGUUCGCGGAGCUGAUUAAGACUCCGCGGGUGGACAAUGUGGUCCUUCACCGGCCUUUCCUGCCGCGGGUGGAGGGCACCCUGUGUCUGACCGGGCACCACUUGAUCCUCUCCUCCCGCCAGGAUAACAGUGAGGAGCUCUGGCUACUGCACAACAACAUCGACGCCAUCGAGAAAAGGUUUGUGGGAACAUUGGGUUCAAUUACAAUUAAAUGUAAGGAUCUGCGUAUCAUUCACUUGGAUAUUCCUGGCAUGGAAGAAUGUUUAAAUAUCGCAAGCUCUAUUGAGACAUUAUCUACUUUGGAUUCUACCACAUUGAUGUAUCCCUUCUUUUAUCGACCUAUGUUUGAGGUUUUGGAAGAUGGAUGGCACUCCUUCCUUCCCGAGCAUGAGUUUACUUUGCUUUCUGCAUCAACAGAUGAAUGGAGGCUAAGCUAUGUUAACAAAGAUUUUGCUGUUUGCCCCUCCUAUCCUCCUAUUGUCAUGGUGCCGAAAUCAACUGAUGAUGAAGUUUUGAAAAAAGUUGCUGCAUUUCGUCAAGGUGGUCGCUUUCCUGUCCUCAGCUAUUACCAUAAAAAGAAUGGAAUGGUAAUGAUGCGCAGUUCGCAGCCAAUGACCGGAACUAAUGGAAGACGGUGUAAAGAUGAUGAGAAAUUGAUCAAUGCCACUCUGCGGGCUGGAAAACGUGGCUAUAUCAUUGACACUAGAUCAGUUAAUGCUGCUCAGCAAGCUAGAACCAAAGGAGGUGGUUUUGAACAAGAAGCACAUUACCCUCAGUGGAGACGAAUUCACAAGUCCAUAGAGAGGUAUCAUAUUCUUCAGGAAAGUUUAAUUAAACUGGUAGAAGCUUCAAAUGACCAAUCCCACAACAUGGAUAGAUGGCUCAGCAAAUUGGAAGCUUCUAGCUGGCUGACCCAUGUUAAAGAAAUAUUAACCACUGCUUGCCUGGCUGCGCAGUGUAUAGACAGGGAAGGUGCAUCCGUACUGGUUCAUGGCGGUGAAGGGAUUGACACUACUUUACAAGUCACUUCUCUUGCCCAUAUUAUUCUAGAUUCACAGUCCAGAACGAUUAAUGGUUUUGAGGCCUUGAUUGAACGUGAAUGGUUACAGGCUGGUCAUCCAUUCCAGCAACGAUGUGCUCAGUCAGCCUAUUCUAAUUUGAAGCAGAAGAAUGAAGCUCCUACAUUUCUCCUGUUCCUGGAUUGCUGUUGGCAGAUUCAACGCCAGUUCCCAUGCUCUUUUGAAUUUAAUGAACAAUUUCUAAUAGUGUUGUUUGAACAUGCUUAUGCCUCCCAGUUCGGAACGUUCUUGGGCAACAAUGAAAAUGAAAGACGAAAACUAAAGCUUCAACAGAAAACUGUGUCUCUCUGGUCCUGGAUGAAUAGACCAAAAGAACUGGAGAAGUACUUCAACCCCCUCUAUGAAGCUAACAGCCUAGUUAUUUGGCCUUCAGUGGCACCACAAAGUUUGCAGCUGUGGGAAGGUGUGUUUCUCCGAUGGAACCGUUCCUUAAAGUACUUAAAUGAGGCUUGGGAUGAAAUAACUCAUAUCAUUGAAUAUAAUAAGGAUCUACAGGCAAAAGUAAACGCACUUCGACGACAGCUAGCUGAACUGCAAACAGAAAACUAAAACUUGAAAACCUUUGACAGCAAUUUAUGAAUCAUUACAUUUACUACAUUUAAAAGUAAUAAUUUGUAUAUGAUGUGCACAUCUCAAUCCCUGAGUAUACUGGCAUGUUGAGCUCUCUACAGUGAGAACCUUUCAAGGAAUUCUCACUAUUGGUAACAUUGAUAAUGUAGAUGUCUUGAUUGUUUCUUUGUAGAAGAAUGUUUACAGGUAUGGUUUUAAAGUAAAAUCAUUUGUGCAAACCUUGGAGCUGACCAUCCUGUGGAUUAAAUUUUUUUUGCAUUUUUUUCAUGAACUAAGUAUUGCACAAAUUAUACAAACAUUUCUUUAAAUUAUCUUACUUCUAAAUUUCACAUUAGGCUAUUGUGUUUGGCUUUUUAAGCAUGCAUCAACAUGUAGCUUUAACUGGAUUAACGAUGACAUCAAAAUAGAAAAUUGUGCAAUUUAAGGCGAUUAUGAGUACUGUAAGGCCUGAAUCUUUGAGUAAGAAAAUUAUUGAUUUUAGACUUUUUCAUCAGGUAUUGAACUGGUUGAUGUUUCUGCAUUGUGACAAAAGCAAUGUUCCUGAGAAAUUAUGAUUUAACUAGUAGCAGUUGAAAUUUCUUCACGUGGAAAUAAUCCAUCCCCACCUGUUACAAAGGCCACUGCAAGCACAGCCAGAUAGUUGUAUAUGUCUACCAAUGCCAAAUGUCAAAACUUAAAGCCUUAAAAUACAGUUUAACAGUCCAUUAACUGAAAUAAGAAAGCGCUUAACGGUGCUGGAUGAAAUAAAUUCUUAUUUUGUUGAGAUGUAUUUUGCAGGUGAGAUCUUUCAGUGCUGCAUGUAUGAAUUGUAAAUGAUUUGUAAUUCGUUUCAAGUGCAUUUGUAAUAAAACUAAAUUAAAUGGUUGGAUUAUUUUCACAUGUGAAGACAGUCAACAGUCAAAAAUAGUCCUUAAUCUGGAAAGUAGAUAAUGUUACAUUUUGCUAGCACACAGUAAGUAGCAGUUUAAAAAAGAUACAGAAACUAUGCCUCAUUAGAAUAUACAUAGUUCAUCAAAUGAACAAGGCCUCUAAAUACAUAGAUCUAAUCUGAGUUUUUGGACUUCAAAUAUCAUUGUCUGCCCGUGAAGAAGAAUAUACUUUACCUUUAUCAACCUUUGUAAUGUCCUGUAGUAACAGCUGAAUGAAACCCAUUUCUACAUUUCUGUAAAUAUCUUUGAAUGAAUUGCAACCAUAUCAAGCAAAGUAUAUUUUCAAAAUUUAGCUGAGCUGGAGAUUUAUUUCAUAUUAAAUGUUUCUGAUUUAGAAGUUUCAGUUUAAAAUUUGAAUUUGAAGUGUUGCCAAAUUUUGGCUGGUAGCAAAAUGAAAAGUUUCCAUUCGUCAUUUGGAGUAGCACUUUAUAUCCUUUCAUCAGGAAAUGCUCCUGUUGAAACUUGAACUUGCUUGCUCCUCCUGCGUUUGAGGGCAUUGUUUGUGAUAUAAGUUAAUGUUUGAAGUGAGCUCGAAGUAGUGUCACUGAUGCUGCAGAGCAGUGUGCACAACAAAUUGAUGUCAGUCACUAUUGGUCUUUAGUUAUGCAUGUGCUUGUAUAGCUAUUGCACUACUAGAUCUUUGUCUGAUCAUGCCAACUUUUAAAAAAAUCUUUAUAUCACACUACAUUUAAUUCUUUAUUUUCAAAUGUGAUAGAUGAACAAUGUUAAUGAAAUUAAAGUUGACCUGGAUGGCUUUAAAGUUUAUGUCGGAUAGCACACAACCUUCAUUCUUGAGGCCUUCUGCGUCAGUCAAGUAAUUGAAUGUCUCUAUUGUGCUUACAAGAUAGAUGUCAUAUCUACUUCACUCAAGUGAGUGCCUUUUACACUUGUUCUUGCCCCAAAUCCCACUUCACGUCUCUGAUGAGAAAAUAUUUUAUCCUCCUUAAGACAGCCAUUCUAUCAGAUUUUUGGGCAUACAUAUUUACCCAGAGAUGGUUGUGAUUGUUGCUGGCAGAAUUUGGUGACACCAAAUUAAUUCUUUUAACAAAGUAGGAUCACGUUCUUCAACUAAGUUUCAUCAAAUCUAAGGUACAGUUUGCCUAUGCUGAGGGCAUUUUUUUUGAAGCAAGUAGCAUGAAUGCUAGAUUUCUGGCUUGUUUCAAAAAAAUUUAUUGGUGUUCUACCAAGUUGUCCUUUUUUACCUUUGUUCUGUGGUGUUAGUGAGUUUGACUUGGUGUUGAUGGGAAAUAGUUGGAAGCAUGGAAUUACUUUUGUUUAACAAAUUUUUCCAAGGACUGGGAAAAGUUAUACUAGACAUGUUGCACUGUCAUAAUGCUUUGUAUAAACUUAUUCUAAGCUUGGUAAUCGUGGUAAAUCAUUCUGUGUUGCAAAACAUACACUGUCAUUCCAUUGUGCUAAAUGAUAUUGCCUUCAAUCUACUCAGUUAUGUGAACCAAAUGUUUCUUUGUGUAUAUUUAAAAACUGGUUAAAACUUUCCUAGAUACUCAAGUGCAUGUUUUCUUAAUUAAUAUCAAAAUUGUAAUCCUUAGACAGUGAAGUUCAGGAAUCAUGAGAAGUGCUGUGAGCUGCUAUAUUCACUAUGUGCCGUUUAAGUAGUUCAUUGCAUACAUUGGCUUGAAUUUUGUAUUUCUAAAUAUACCAAACUUGAGACUACAUGGAGCCUAUCUGCUGCAUUCAUUAGCACUUGUAUUCUGCAAAGGCACCAUGCAUUGUUCUAGAUGACUCUUUUUGAAAUAAUAAAAUUUAAAAUUAUACUCUGGAA